AUGAUGAGCAUUAGAUCUCUCAUUCUUUCAUGCCUCCUCAUUGGAGCUGUCCAUGCAAAGGACUCCAAGGAUCUCAGCAAGCACAACUGCUGUCUCCACAUCAAAGACGCCAGCGACGCUUGGUGGAUGACAAAUCCCGACGUCACCAAAGAUGUUUGCACGAAAUAUUACAAGGAUGUCGCGCAAUUUGACAACAAGACGGGGACGUGUAACGAGCGCAAGAAUGGUACUAUCAAGGAUGCGGACUGGAAGAGCAAGUGCAAGGCUUAUGGAACUUGGCUGGGCUGGGCUGAUGAUCGGGUUGGUGCUGGGCACAACGCAACGUGUUAUCCGAUAGACGCAUGA